AUGACGUCCAUCCUCUCUGCUCUUCUCUGCCUCGGGCUGAGUCUGGACCAGAGGACCCGUGUGCAGGCAGGGACCCUCCCCAAACCCACCAUCUGGGCUGAGCCAGGCCCUGUGAUCCCCUGGUUGAGCCAUGUGACCAUCUGGUGUCGGGGGACCCUGGAGGCUCAGGAGUACCGGCUGUAUGCAGAUGGCAGUCCUCGGUACUUGGACAGACAGAAAUCGCUGGAGCCUGGAGACAGGGCCAAGUUCCUCAUUACAGGAAACUAUGCAGAGAGAUAUACCUGUAACUACCUCAGCCCCACUGGCAGGUCAGAACACAGUGACCCCCUGGAGCUGGUGGUGACAGGUGAGNACAGCAAACCCAGCCUCUCAGCCCUGCCCAGCCCUGUCGUGACCUCAGGAGGGAACGUGACCCUCCAGUGUGGCUCAGGGCAGGGAUUUGACAGGUUCAUUCUGACUAAGGAAGGAGAUCACAGGCUCUCCUGGACCCUGGACUCACAGCCACAGCCCACUGGGCGGUCCCAGGCCCAGUUCCGUGUGGGCCCUGUGACCCCCAGCCACAGAUGGACGUUCAGAUGCUAUGGCUAUUUUGAGAAGCAUCCCCAGGAGUUGUCUGACCCUAGUGACCCCCUGCAUCUACUGGUCUCAGGGCCCCUCCCCAAGCCCACCCUCUGGGCUGAGCCAGGCCCUGUGAUCCCCUGGGGGAGCUCCGUGACCAUCUGGUGUCAGGGGACCCCAAGGGCUGAGGGGUACCGUCUGAAUAAAGAGGGAAGCACACCAUUGUGGUACCAACAGAAGACACUGGAUCCCGGGGACAGAGCCAAGUUCUCCAUCACACACACGACAAAGCCUGAUGCAGGGAGAUAUCGCUGUUACUAUCUCAGUCCCAGUGGCCAGUCAGAGCGCAGUGACCCUCUGGAACUGUUGGUGACAGGAUCCUCCAGGAAACCCAGCCUCUCAGCCCUGCCCAGCCCUGUCGUGACCUCAGGAGGGAAUGUUACACUCCAGUGUGGCUCAUGGGAGGGAUUUGACAGAUUCAUUCUGACUAAGGAAGGAGAUCACAGUUUCUCCCGGGCCCUGGACUCACAGCCACAGACAAGUGGUCUGUACCAGGCCCUGUUCCCUGUUGGCACUGUGACCCCCAUGCAGAGGUGGAGGUUCAGAUGCUAUGGCUGUUACAGGAACAGAUCCAAUGUGUGUUCACUCCUCAGUGAUGCCCUGGAGCUCCUGGUUCCAGGUGAGUCUGGGAAGCCCUCCCUCCUGAGCCAGCAGGGCCCCAUCGUGGCCUCUGGACAGAGCCUUACCCUCCAGUGUCGCUCUGAUAUCGGCUAUGACAGAUUUGCUCUGCACAAGGAGGGGGGACGGGACCUCCCCCAGAGCCUUGUCCUGCAGCUUCAGGCUGGGCUCUCUCAGGCCCACUUCCCCCUGGACACUGUGAGCAGCUCCCACGGGGGCCGGUACAGAUGCUACGGUGGAUACAACCUCUCCUCUGAGUGGUCGGCCCCCAGUGACCCCCUGGACAUCCUGGUGGCAGGACAUCUGGCUGACAGACCCUUCCUAUCGGUGCGGCCAGGCCCUGGGGUGGCCUCAGGAGAGAACGUGACCUUGCUGUGUCAGUCCCAAAGCUGGAUGGACACUUUCCUUCUGUCCAAGGAGGGGGCAGCCGAUCCCCCCCUGCGUCUGAGAUCAAAGCCCGGAGCUCAGCAGUACCAGGCAGAGUUCUCCAUGAGUCCUGUGACCUCGGUGUCCAGGGACCCUCUGGAGGCCCCAACCCCCCACCCACCUCCACAGCUGGCUGCUGCUCGUGAUACCCCCCAGUAUGUGACGUAUGCCCAGUUGAACCUCUUGGCCCUCAAUGAGAAGACAACUGCACCCCAUUUCUCCCCAUCUGAUGAGCCCCCCGAUGAGCACGUUGUGUAUGCUUCUCUGUCCAUCCACUAG